GUUUUGAUAUUUUUGGAAUGAAAAUUGGAUGGAAAAGGGUUUGUUUUGGUGACUGCUCUUGUGGUAUUGCCUAUAACCUGGCUAAGAAAAUUAAGGGGUGUUGGCAUAUGUUUUUUUGCUGGUUGGGUAAUUGCAUCAGUGAUUCUGUUCUUGGCUAUAUCUUGAGCUGGUGCUUUUGAUGGAAUUGGAUUCCAUGAGAAAGGGAAACUCUGGAAGUAGAAUGGGUUUCCAGUUGCCAUAAGCUUGUUUACUUUUUGUUAUUAUGGUCAUGUUGGAAUUCCAUAAAUGAUAAGUCCCAGUUUCCAAAGGUUAGUAUUUGGUUUUAUAUUGCAAUAUUCAUACCAAAGUACAUUAAAGACGUUAUAUACUUUACAAAAAGACAAGCAUGUUUUGAGAAAUAGUGACAAUGGAAAGGUAGAAAUUAAGACUUUUUAAUUAUCGGGUGCUUCUAUAUCAAAACAGAUUUCCACAUCAAAUAGAUUUAACUUCAUCAAAAUAACAAAAUUUAUCAUAGAUUAUCAGAUUAUCACAAGACACAAAAUUCACAAUCAUAGAUAAUCAACAAUGGACAGUUAUCGGUUAUAGAGAAAUAGAGAAUCAAAGGAAGAACAUGCCUUUCAAGAUUCAUGAAUCACCAAAUCAGUUGAGUUCUUGAAACUUGAUAGACUUUCAGAAUGAAUAAUCAACAAUCUUUUUUUUUGAUUUUUCAAUAAUCAAUAAUCGAUAAGAGCCAGGAAGAAGAAUCAGAGAAUCAAACAGGUAGUGGUUUUUGCGGCUUAAGGAGAAUGGAGAAUGAAAUCAGAGGACAGAGAAUGGCUUCCGUGGAUAAUGGUUUAUGCGGUUCUGCUGAUGUGCGCGAAUGGAGAAUCCGGAUCGAGAUCCCCUAAUUGAAAUUUGGGUUAUGUGGUGCCCUUUGAUUUGGGGGCUUAGUUUCAUUCUAUGUAAGUCUGGCCCUGAAGUUGUACUUUCCCAUGGAAACCUGAUUGCCAAUGUUGCUGGUGGAAGUCUUGAAAUUAAGUCCUAUCCAUCGGAUUUGUCCAACCAGAUCAUAUCAUGGACCCCAAUCACACUAGUGAAACUAGACCCAAAAGAUGCUGUAUCAUUUUCAAAACUUAUUACUCAGGGAAGUAACAACCAUUCACCCUUCUGUUUUCAUCCACCAAAACCAGAUGAUGUUGUUACAAGUGGACACCAAAGGGAUGAGCAUCGGAACCGGGUACCCGCUUUUGGAACCGGAACCGCCUUGGAACUGUCGGUUCUGGAACUGGAACUGCCUUAA